UAAUCUUAAUAAGCGUCGCGCAAUCCAGAUUAAUUUUUAAUAAUAAAAAUUAUUAUUAUUAUUAUUCAGUAAAAUUUUCAUCCACGUUAAAAAUAAGAUAACCAUGUCUAUAGGUUAUGCUGUACUACAGUAUACAUACAGUUCAGCAUGAGUUUAGACAAAGAAAGUAGGUAUACAGUGCACCGUGUACUGUGGCCGUGAAGCAUAGAAUUACCUGUGUGCCGAGACAGUGUUAAACAAUAUAUUUAAGAUUCACAACAAGUUCAGUUCCUGUCAGUGGGCCUGACUGAGAUGAUGUGGGUAAAACACACGUCCUGGCCUACCCUGUCCUGUUGGUCUGUGAUUGGCAGUAUAAGCUUACCAUUCUGCCCUCCUCCUGUCCAUAUUGAAAUGACUGGGGCAUAUAAGUAUUGAACUGUCAGCACUCAGACUCAGCAGUGUGUUAGUCAAUGUCGCUGUGACAGGUGACUUAUAUCUCUGUUUUAAAAGCAGAUAUCUUAUGUGGGCAAAAUGCCACCCAAAUCAAAUGUGUACGGUCAUUUCAUCAUGCCUUCUUCCAGUGAGAGUAAACCAGGAAACCUUAAAGCUGUUUGCCGUCACUGUAACCAGGCUGUUGCUGGAUCUAUCAAAGCAACAUCAAACUUCAGGAGGCAUCUAGAGAAGAACCAUCCAGACAUCUAUGCAAAGCUUGACGAUCCAGUAGCUGAUCCAAAACAAUUCUCCAUGAAUAAGUUCACAAGAAACAGUACCGGUACCAAGUGGAAAUCCACCGACUUACGACAUCUGGAACUUACUAACUGUAUCGUGGCAUUUAUUGCCCAUGAUCUCCUUCCCCUGUCUCUUGUUGAAAGUGAGCGAUUCCGCAUACUCAUGGCAACCGCAGAGCCGAUGUUCACAAUGCCCAGUCGUAAGCAUCUGAUUAGUGUGCUUCUACCACAGCAUUUAACCACUGUUCAGACGAGGUUGAAGACCCAGUUACAACAAGUCCAGAAUCUUUGUCUCACCAUCUACCUGUGGUCCAGUAGGGAUAUGAGGUCAUUUAUAGGUGUGACUGGUCACUUCAUCCUUGACCACACCAUGAAUAGCGUUAUGUUGGCAUGUCGUCGCUUUAAAGGCUCCCAUACUUCAGACAAUAUCUAUGACAUGUAUCAAGAAACAGUGGCCUCCUAUGAUGUUGGAAGUAAAGUAACUACCAUAAUUACUGAUAAUGCAGCAAAUAUGGUGAAGACAUUCACCCUAUUCCCAGUGGAACAACUUGAUGAAGAUGAAGAAGAUGAUGAGUUUGAUGAUAAUGACUGUGAUAUCCUACCACCUGAUGACACUACAAAGUUUGAAUGCUUACCCCCAAACCGCAGUCCAUGCUUCGCUCAUACUUUGCAGCUUGUGGUGAAAGAUGGCAUGGAGCAAGAUAGCCAGAUCAAGCAAAUUCUUGCAAAGGUAUCAAAGCUCAUCAACUUCUGCAGGAAAUCAACAGUGGCUGCAGAAGUGCUCUCAAAUGAAUUCAAGCUCCAGAUGGCAACAUGUACACGCUGGAAUAGUCAGUUGACGAUGAUGAGGUCAGUACUUCGAGUUUUACCUGAAGUGUGGGACAAACUUGACACUCCCUACAAGCUGAAGCAGUAUGAGCUGAACACCAUCAAGGAGCUCUGUGAUAUACUCGAGCCAUUUGAGUAUGUGACUAAUCAGAUUCGGGGACAAAACAUGGUGACAUCUAGUCUGGUAGUUAACUGUGUCCGUGGUCUACGGGCUGCUUUAGCUAGUCUUCAUGAAGUGUAUAAAAGCAAGCUUGUUUCUGUACUUCAGUCCUCAACAGAGACUCGUCUGAAUAAGUUUGAGUCUAUGGAGGCUUUCCAGCUAGCUGCCACCUUAGACCCACGUUACAAGCUGGACUGGUGUCAUGACUAUGACAAUGAAGUGCAAGACAUUCGUGACCUUCUGACUGUGAAAUACAUUAUGGCAUGCAGUUUUGAUCCUACAACAACAGACACUUCCCCUGCUGAACCACCACCGAUGAAGAGGAACAAGUUCUUUGCCCUAGUCAAUCGGUCUUCUACACCAAGACCAACUCCAUCAGAAACUGAGGUCUCACUCUACCUCAACCAGCCAUGUCUACAAGAAGAUGGUGACCCCCUUGGCUACUGGAAGGCCAAGCAGCCUGAGUUUCCUGUCCUCGCCAGGCUUGCAGCAAAGUACCUGGCCAUUCCUGCUACAUCGGCUCCUGUGGAAAGAAUGUUCUCCAUUGUUGGCAAGCUCUUCAGGCCAGAGAGGUGCAAUUUAAGAGAUAAAAGAUUUGAGCAACUUAUGAUGAUCAGAUGCAAUCCUCAGUGACUUGGACUCAUUCAUAUUUUGUUUAAUACAGUGGGUAUGCUAUAACGAACGGAUUCUGCUACGAAUAUUCCUAUAACGAACGGUUUUACCUAUAAAAUUGAAAAUGCUAUUACGAACACAACUCCUACAACUAACGUGGAUGAAGACGGGACUAUUUCGUCUGGCGCAUGAAUAUUGUUGUACCGCGACCCACAACAAGAGCGUCAGGCGCCAUCUUUGUCUCAUUGUGUAGCCAGUGCACCACUGUUAUUGUUGAAAUUUCGUCUUUUG